AUAAGGCCCAUAAAAUAAUCUCCCUCUCACCUCGCCGGCUGGCCUUUCUCUUCUCUCCCUUCACCGUCAAAACACAGGAAAAAAUUUCUCUCCUCUCAUAAAUCCGGCGAAGUCUCGCCGCUCAUCAUCCGCUGCGGCCGUCGUAUCUCUGAAUUGUAGUCGUAACGCCAGUAGAAACAGCCACUCGCCGCCAUCUCACCGUUCUCGUCGGACCUCCAGCAGCUCACACAACCGCCGCCCCUGUCCACUCUCUAACCAGGCUGACCGCCGCCGUAGCUGCCCCAGAUUCUCUCACUGGUGGCGGGAAAUGCAAUUCCGGUAGAUUCAGCAAAUACUCCAGCUCUUAAUUGCAGUAUAAUUUGCCUGAAAUCGAUUGGGCAUGAUGAAUUUCUCAGUUAGGGUUCGCGGCUUGGGGCUUCCUGCCAAUGAUUUCUUCCUAUCCCGCUUCAAUUUUGUUAAAACUGCCUCGCAGCUCAAAUUCUUCCACUCAUUUUCCGACUCCGAAGAUGACAGCUCUCCACCGUCGCUCAGUGUACGGAAACCAUCUCUCCCGCCGCUUCAAAACUCCCCGGAGGCGGACUCUCUCUGCCAAAUCUUAAUCCGCCACCACAACCCCUUCCACCACAUGGAAUCCUCCAUCCAGCUCCACGGCAUUUCCUUAUCCCCGCAUUUAGUCCACCAAACCCUACUCCGAUUAAAUCACCAUUCCAAAAUCGCACUCGCCUUCUUCAAAUUCACCCAAUCCUACUCCCCAUCCCCUUCUCAUCUUCUCGACACCGCAGCCUACAACCUUAUCAUCAACAUCUUGUGCAGAGUUCGCCAGUUCGAUGUCGCGUGGCAGCUGAUUAUGCAGAUGGAUAGUGAGAACAGCGCUUCAAAGCCGGAUUUCACGACCUUCUUCGUCUUGAUCAGGCGGCUUGUAUCUGCUGGCCUCACGAGAAGUGCGAUUCGUGCGUUUUACGAUAUGAGUAUUUUUAUUGGCGAUGAGGUUUUCGAUUCACAGUUUAGUUUCUGUUUCUGUUAUCUGUUGGAUACGCUCUGCAAGUAUGGAUAUGUGAAGGUGGCGGUUGAGGUUUUCAAUAAGGAGAAGUAUAGAGUUGAAGCAAAUGCAAAAUUGUAUACUGUUUUGAUCUACGGGUGGUGUAAGGUCGGGAGGAUCGAUAUGGCAGAGAGGUUUCUUGGGGAGAUGUUGGAGAGAGGGAUUGAGCCGAAUGUGGUUACUUACAACGUGCUGUUAAACGGGAUUUGCAGGCGUGCGAGCCUGCACCCGGAGGGGAGGUUUGAGAUGGUUAUCAGGGAGGCAGAGAGUGUUCUUGGCGAAAUGCGUGAGAAGGGGUUGGAGCCUGAUGUCACGAGUUACUCAAUUUUGUUACACGUGUAUAGCAGGGCACAUAAGCCGCAGCUGUGUUUGGAUAAGCUGGCAAUGAUGAAGGAGAAGGGGGUUUGCCCGAGUGUGGCCACGUAUACCUCUGUUGUGAAGUGUCUUUCGUCUUGUGGGAGGAUGGAGGAGGCCGAGGAGUUGUUAGAUGAGAUGCUACAGCAUGGGGUUACUCCCACGGCAGAGACAUACAAUUGCUUUUUUAAGGAGUAUAGAGGUAGGAAGGAUGUGGAUGGUGCAAUGAGGUUGUAUAGGAAGAUGAAGGAGGGGUCUUUGCAUUCUCUCAAUAUGCAUACGUAUAAUAUAUUGUUGAGAAUGCUUAUGGUGUUGGAUAAAAUGGGACUACUGUGGGAGGUUUGGAAUGAUCUGUGCUCAAGUGGAAUCGGGCCUGACUUGGAUGCUUACACGAUUUUGGUUCAUGGAUUGUGCGAGAAGAGGAAAUGGAGACAAGCGUGUGAGUUGUUCGUGGAUAUGAUAGAGAAAGGAUUUCUUCCGCAGAAGUUCACUUUUGAGACACUGUAUCGAGGGUUGAUUCAAGCUGAUAUGUUGAGAACUUGGAGGAUGUUGAAGAAGAAGCUCGAGGAAGAGUCGAUAUCAUUUGGUGAAGAGUUCAAACAGUAUCACCUCAACCCUUACAAGAGGUGAAUUUUGUUGUUUGCCUCCCUUCAAUAGUCAAGCUCUCCUUCAUCAAACAAGAUGAAGGCUAGGAACAAUGGAAGAAGCAUAUAUUCACCUUUGACUAGAUCAAGUCAAGUGGCAUGUUAUGUGGCCCUAUUGGAAGAGGCAAUUACUGUCUAAACUUUGAAAGUGAGUUUCAAGGUUUAUGGUAUUCAGGUUGGAAUUUUCUGGAUGCUUUCUUGGGACUACAUUUGACUUGUUCCCCUCAUACCCAUGAUGGAUUGUUUACACAUUCUUGAGUGUUUGGAUCCAUGCAACACUGAGACAGAUGUUGCAGGAGCGGUUUUCUUUCCAUCUAGCUCGUCAGGUCGAAUGAGUUCAACGACGGGCUUUGGAAGAUUUGCACGAGAAACAUCUAGAAGAUUUGUGUAUCAAAAGAUCAAAAGACCCAUCUCAAGGAGAAGAAAACCACACUCGUCGAAUCAACAUGACUGUGGCAAUCAGUUAAAUCAAUAUAUGUUCUUGGAGAGGGUAUGUAUCACUAAUUGCUGCUUAAGACAGGGUAUCAAAUAACAUGCUGUCUUGCAUCCAGUUA